CAAACAAUUCUGGCCUUGUAUUCAGCACUAGACCGAUAUCUGCGGACCAGAACCAAUACUAUGCCAACAUUUGUACCAACAAUCUACUACGACCAGGAACAGUUAUGGGUCUCCCUGGUAUUGUAGAAAGUAACGAACCGAAGAAGAUGAUGAUGAUGAUGAUGAUGAUGAUGAUGAUGAUGAUGAUGAUGAUGAUGAUGAUCAGCAGGAGAACGAAAACGAUGGAUAUUAAUAAUCAUCGGGUAGCUAUUGGACCGUCUGGAUUAGUUCUGUUAGAUCAAGAUAUGUCAGGAUUACCACCAUUACCAGAUUUAGUAUCGUCAGCAAUGCGACAAUUGCAACCACCUACGCCACGGGUCACGGUUUCUGCACCAACCAGCCCAACGAGGGAUGCAACUUUUCAAUUUCCCGAAUGCAGCUCGUCCAGCAAUGCAGUUGCCGUAGCUGCUGCAGCUGCUUCCUAUGCUGCUGCUAAUGCAACAAGAACUAGAAAUUACGAUAAUGAAAAUGUUGAAGAAGAAGAAGAGGGGACAAAUCCCGUGCCAACUCCAACACCAAGGCCACGGCCACGAAGGAACAGACCUAGUAAUGUUCGUGUACCUUUCAAAAAGGCAUUACCAGUCUGCAAUGGGGAAUUGUCGAACAAUUGUUCCGAAUAUCCGGGCCAUGUAUUAAGCAACGAACAGUUUUUGAUCGACAUCGGGACAACUUUAAGAAAAAUUGCUCAAGAUUUGCAAGCAUCCAAAAGCAAGAACAACGAAAUGGAAAAUCUACGACUGUCAUUGAUGCCACCUGGUUUUUCGAGCAACACCAAUAGCAGCAAUAACGAGGAUAGAAUGGGUUCCUUGAUCCCAGCAUCCUUCAGAGAAACGACGUUAUGGGUGUCAAUUGUACUAUACCUCGGCUGGACUCUCAUUUCUCGUCUACGAUAAGUCAUAAGCUUUUUUCGCCACGCAGUAGCAGCAGCACCCACCAGCACCAGCAUCAUCCAGAGUAUCAUCGCAUUUGAGAACAUUGGGGGAUCACAUUAUUAUUAUUAUUAUUAUUAUUAUCGUUUAACAUGAGCAAACAAAAAUCUGAUGGAAAAGCAGCAACAACAACAACAACAACAUCAGAAGAAGAAAGAGAAAGAAGGUGGAAGAGGAGGAGGAGGAGGAGGAGGAGGAGGAGAGGUAGAGGAAAGGAUAUUUUCAAGUUUUAGGAAGUAGAGUAAGAUGAGAGGAGAAAUUUGAAAAUAAUUAACCAACCAAUAACACGACCAUUGUUCGGGUUAAUAAUAAUCAUUUUUUAAUGGUUUUUUUUUUUUGGUUUUUUUAUUCUUUAAUCAUAAAAAAAAAAAACAGAUAUUCUCCUCCGAACUCUAUUUCCAUUUAUUGCUUU